AUGGAAGUAAGGGAGAUGGAUGAUGGAGAUGAGGAAUUGCUUAAUGAAGAAGACAUUAUAAACAUUAUUCCACUGCAUGAUACCAUGAAUGGCUCCUCAGAAAUAUCCGAUACAACAUGUGGCGUUUCAGGGAUUGAUGAUGAAGAUAUGGAAUUAGCUGAGAAUAGUGAUAUAGAAAUGAAUGGCAAUGAAGAAUUUUCAAAUGCAAUAACGGAAGCUGAUAAUGUAAUAUCGGCAUGCAAAGAUGAAGCUUUUGUUGUCACAUGUUUUCAAGAUCAGUGGCUCGCUGUUGGUGGAAAAGAUGAUCAAGCCGUUUUAUACAGUCUGCAAAGUUUGGAACUAGUUCUGAAGAUUGAUGAACACAAGGAUAGUGUAAUAUGUGCAGAGUUUAGUGUUGAGGGGCAUCUGUUGGCCACUGGUGAUAUGAGUGGCCUGAUUGUAUUAAGCAGUACCAAGGACCUAAAACGAUGUUUCUUAAUUGAUGAUUGUGAAGAGUUAUCAUGGAUACGGUGGCAUUCAUCUGCAGACAUUUUGCUUGCUGGUGGUAAAAAUGGUGUUUGGAUGUGGCUUAUAACAAACGACAGUGUUCGACAAACAAAGGUGUACAUGUGUGAUUCACCUACCACAUCUGUUGACGGCAAACUGCUUAGUGAUGGAAAACGACUUCUUUCUUGCUAUGAGGAUGGUUCUGUAAAAUUAUGGUCUCUAAAAGAUCAAACAUCAGUUAGCAUUGUGACAGGGGCUGAAAGCUCUACAUGUAUAGAUGUUCAUCAUAAUUCACCUGUGGCAAUUAUUGGAGAUCUUAUGGCACGUUGUUAUUUUGUGAAUAUAGAAUCCGCCAAGAUAUUAAGGAUAUUUGCAGUGGUUGAAGGAGUUACGUCUUUCGAAGUAACAAUCGAAUGCGUGAAAUUUUGUCCAACAAAAGAGCCGUGGUUCGUCGUUGGUACUAAUUCUGGACGUCUGGCAAUAUAUGAUUUUAGUGCGAACACUUUACGCCAUAUUUUGAAAGAUGAUGCUGAUCCGGUAGUUACCUGUCGAUGGUACAUGAGAGAUUCGAAUGAGAUGUACAUUAUUGGUGCUGGUUAUAGUGGUAUGAUUAAGAUCUGGGAUAGUCGAAGUGGAUUACCCGUCUUAGUAAUGCUGUCACAAAGUAUUGCUAUGGAAGGUUCUCAUUUGCUCUCAAUGGAUUUGUCUGUGAAAGGACCCAUUUUAUACGCGUCAUAUAGUUCUGGACAACUUUGCAAAUUUUCUUCUAUAAACCGGUGA